UGAGCGUCAGACUUUCUGUCGCGUCUCACAGCGCUAUAACCAUUGAUUUUGAUUUUAUUGGGUGUGACGGAAGGUUGUAGCUAAGUAUCAGAAAUGCUGAUAACGUCUGUUUUGGUCUCAGGAUUCACUCCAUACAACUCUGGCUCAUCUUACAACUUCUUCAGUGUUAACAACUUGGGCUGACUCAAAUAUAGCUGAAACUCCGGCUGAUGUCACAACCGAACAACGUUACUCGACGGAGAAAGACGUCACAACAACACAUGAUGCAACCACUUAUCACAUGAUUACUGAGAAAAAAACAGACUCAACAACAGAACCACUUCAUACAACUACAACUAAUAUUACAACCUCUGAAAUUACGUCACAGCCAAUAACUAAGCAACCAUACUCAAAAGAAGACUUUACAACAUCGUUUGAAAUAACAACGACUAAAAGUAGCACUAGCGCAACAGCUUUAUUUGAAGUAAUCAGUCGUUCUGAUUCAACAACAUCGACGGAUUUAAAAAUAGCAACUAACUUCCAAUAUGACUGGGGAGGUUGGCAUCAAGAAACUGGUGACAAUUUCAAUUGGACAAGAAAAAACGGUUCCACACCAUCGACUGGCACUGGACCAACUAACGGUCAUUCAGGUUAUAGCCAGGAUUAUUAUGCUUAUAUUGAAACUUCGAAUCCUGUAUCUAGUGAAAUGUCGGCUCGUCUACGGAGUCCAUUGCUACCAUUGGCGCAACGUUACAGUUUGGAGUUUUACUACCAUAUGUACGGAGCCAAAAUGGGAACACUCAGGGUUUACAGAAAAUCCAUCUACGGUUAUAGUCCUAGGCAUACUUCUCUAUGGUCAAGAUCUGGUAACCAAGGGAAUUCGUGGCAUUAUGCCAAAGUAUACUUCCAGCGUGAUGGAAAUGGCGACAAUUACAUCGUAUUCGAAGCGUCUGACGGAAUAUCAUAUACAGGGGACAUAGCAAUUGAUGACAUACUCAUCAGUGUCGAAGGUAGCACUCCAUGGCCACCAACUUCGAUGGAAGUAACCGGUCGUUCUGAUUUAACAGCAUCGAUGGACUCAAAUAUAGUAACUAACUUCCAAUAUGGUUGGGGAGGUUGGUAUCAAGAUUCUUAUGACGAUUUCGAUUGGACACGGAUAUACGGUUCCACACCAUCAACUGGCACUGGACCAACAAGCGGUCACUCAGGUUAUAGCCAGGAUUAUUAUGCAUACAUUGAAACUACCUCUCUAUUUGCUGGAGCGUCAGCGAUUCUACGGAGUCCAUUGCUACCAUUCGCGCAAAAUUACAGUUUAGAGUUUUACUACCACAUGUACGGAUCUGGAAUAGGAAGACUUCAAGUUUUUAGAAAAUCCACCAACGGCUAUAGUUAUCUAUGGUCAAGAUCUGGUAACCAAGGGAAUUCGUGGCAUUACGCCAAAAUACAAUUCCAGCGUUAUGGAAAUAGCGACAACUAUAUCGCAUUCGAAGGCAUUGACGGAACGUCAUUUACAGGGGACAUAGCAAUUGAUGACAUACUCAUCAGUGUCGUAGGUAGCACGGGUGCAACAACUUCUAUUGAAGUAACCAGUCAUUCUGAUUCAACAGCAUCGACGGACUCAAAUAUAGUAACUAACUUCCAAUAUGGUUGGGGAGGUUGGUAUCAAGAAUCUAGUGACGAUUUCGAUUGGACACGGAAAUACGGUUCCACAUCAUCAAUUGGCACUGGACCAACAAGCGGUCACUCAGGUUAUAGUCGUGAUUAUUAUGCAUACAUUGAAACUACUUCUAUAUUUGCUGGAGCGUCAGCGAUUCUACGGAGUCCAUUACUACCAUUGGCGCAAAAUUACAGUUUAGAGUUUUACUACCAUAUGUAUGGAGCUAAAAUGGGAACACUUAACGUUUUUAGAAAAUCCACCAACGGCUAUAGUUAUCUAUGGUCAAGAUCUGGUAACCAAGGGAAUUCAUGGCAUUACGCCAAAAUACAAUUCCAGCGUUAUGGAAAUAGCGACAACUAUAUCGCAUUCGAAGGUAUUGACGGAACGUCAUUUACAGGGGACAUAGCAAUUGAUGACAUACUCAUCAGUGUCGAAGUAACUAACUUCCAAAAUGAUUGGGGAGGUUGGCAUCAAGAAUUUGGUGACGAUUUCGAUUGGACACGAAUAUACGGUUUCACGAAAUCGACUGGCACUGGACCAACAAACGGUCACUCAGGUUAUAGCCUGGAUUACUAUAUUUAUAUUGAAACUUCGGAUCCUAUAUCUACUGGAAUGUCAGCUCGUCUACAGAGUCCAUUGCUACCACUGGCGAAAAGUUACAGUUUGGAGUUUUACUACCAUAUGUACGGAUCUAAAAUGGGAACACUUAACGUUUACAGAAAAUCCACCAACGGCUAUGACAUUAUAUGGUCACGAUCUGGUAAUCAAUGGAAUUCGUGGCAUUACGCCAAAGUACAAUUCCAGAGUUAUGGAUACAGUGGUACCUACAUCGUAUUCGAAGGCAUUGAUGGAACCUCAUUUACAAGUGACAUUGCAAUUGAUGACAUCAGCAUAUUUGUAGAAGAUUCACUCUAUACAAUUCUGCCUGAUCUCACAACUUCUUCAGAGUCAACAACAUCGGCUGACUCAAAUAUAGAUGUCGUAUGCGGUGACAACUCCAUGACCAUAUAUGUACGAAAUUCGAUCGUAUCUAAUUCCACAACGCCACAUUUGCUUGACCAAUCCUGUGUCCCGUACGGAUAUGUAACCAGGAAUGGUAUAAUUUGGAUGUAUUUUAUGACGCAGUACGAUCAAUGUGGUACAUACCUUACAUCAUCCAUUGAGGAUUACACUUACCACAAUGAGUUGACAUUUCAACAUGUUGAUGAAAAGUAUCAUACCUACCACGAAAACAGUAAUAAGAUUGCCGUUCGAUGUCGUUUCGAGAAUACCGCCGAAUUAUCACUAAGCUUCAUUACUCACGAAGUGGUGAAAGUAUCCAGCAAGGAAAGCUAUGGCAAUCUUACGUUUCAACUGCAAUUGUACACGGAUGAACAUUUUACACAACCAAUACCGACGUGGCGUUAUCCAGUUACAUUAGAUAUUGGCACCAGGGUGUAUGUUGGCGCUAAAGUCAAAGCGUUCUCUACAGAGAUGACACUUUUUAUCGAUUCCUUCAUUGCAUCCCCAACACAAGAAGCAGAUGCAGCACCCAAUUUUAAGUUAAUUGAUCAGCGGUGCUCAUUGGACGACCCAUCAUUAAUUUUUCAUUCCUUGGGAGUGGUCGGCAAAUCGGGAAAAAAUGUGUUGUUUUCGUUCAAUACAUUUGGAUUCGUUGGAUAUUCGAGGGUAUUUCUGCACUGUAACAUGUCAGUAUGUAAUUCUACUGACUGGCGAUGCUCCUCUGAUUGUAGCCAGCGUAUAAAACGAAGUGCUGAUAACACGGACGUAAAACGCGAAACAUACCCGGUCAUGCUUGGUCCAAUAAUACUUAAACAUAAUGAUGACGUGUCUUUUGAUCAGUUAGAUAAAUCGACCAGGAAGACGAGCACAGGAGGGAAUGUCAUGAUGUUAGUUGGUGUGAUGACGUUUUUAGUGGGAUGUGUAUCGUUGGCACGAAGCAUAAAAAAUCAUAAAAGCAGCUUAGGGUACAAACCGCUGAUUGGCGGCGAGCAAGAAAUUUAAAAUGUUUCCCCUUAUGCUUAGCUAGGCUAUAUGUUCGCUCCCGACAGACAGGACCUAAUCUGUUCUCGCUACUGCUUUAACAACUUUAAUUCUUAAUAAUUAAUUAUUUGCACAAUUUUUCUCACUUUAGUUUUUACUUUAUCGUUUAGUUUUUAUAUUUGAUUAUAAAUUAGUAAUGCACCUAGUUUUUUUAUUUUUAUUUUUUUCAGGUAGGCCAGUUAUUACUGAAAGGUCCACUGAUUAAUCUCAGAUAGUGUAGUCAAAGUUGUUUAAGUUGACAAUGAUGUUUUGUUUAAUUUUGUUGAAUAUUUUCGGGAGUCACAUUUUCUUCUGUUGAUUGUGGGGUUUCCCACUUUAGCUGCUUCUGCGUAUUUCAAUGAUUAACUUAAUUUUGAAAAUGCUUUUGUGUACAGUCGAUACAGCAAAUUGUGUUUAUCUACUUUUUCUUGUGCUUUUGAUCGGCAUGUUCUAUGGAUUUGAAAUUCUGAAAUAAAAGAUGAAUGAAUGAAUAAGUAUAAUACAUAGGCCUACUCCAAGUAUCGAAAUGCAGGCCGUCUUGUUGGGAUUCAACAUUUCGACAUUAUUAUGUUAUCAUCAUUGAUGAAGACCAUGUCGAAAUAUUGAAUUCCAACACGAUGGACAAAAUUAAUGUCGAAAUAUUGUGUGCAUUUCACUACAUGGAGUAAGUAUUAUACUAUCUUACCUAAUUAUUAGUUAUUUGGUUUUGCUCUGGCCUAUUAAUGCAACGCACUAGUGUUUUUUAAGGUUUUAAAAUAAUUAAAUAAUAAUGAACUGUGAAUUCAGUUUAUGAUAAAAUACAUGAAAUUUUACGCUUCUUUUAAAGAACAGAAAUUCACAAUAAAAUGAAUCAAUGCAUAAUUGAUCUAUUAUUUCACUUGUUUCAUUUGUCAUACAGUACUGUAGUAUAUAAACCUCUGUCCACGCACUGACAUUUUAUGACAAAUAACUGUGAUGUGCCAAUAUUUGGGUGUAAUAUGAUAUCAUCAUGCCCAUAUAUGGGCACACCACACGAAUUUGUCACAUAUAAUAUGUAAUAGUGUGGACAGAGCUUUAGACUGUACAUAAUAGCAGACCCACACACCUAAAUGUAUAAGAAUAGUAGUCAGCACGACUGUUAAGUAAAAAAGUUCAGCCUGAUGACUCAAUAAAUGCACCUCCUCGGCUGCUGAGAGAUAUGAGCACCAUCUUCCCAGUUGCGCUUGUUUGUUCCAGAUUUGCUCCAGUCUCAAUCGAGUUAUGUGCAUAUAAAACGAACACACGCAACUAAAAAAAAUGACAAAAAAGUAUUCUAUAUGUUUUUUCUUCUUUAUUUCUUCUUUUCCAUUGCGUAUUGUUUGUGUUUGUCAUAAAACGAACACACCCAACAACAAAAAAAUAACAAAAAGUAUUGUAUAUGCUUUUUCUUCUUUAUUUCUUUUUUCUCAUUGCGUGUGUUUGUCCCACAUGCACCACCCUGAUUGACACCUGAGCACAUUUUUAACACGCGCAAAUGGAAAGCAUAAAAUAUAAAUUACUUUACGAAUACUAUAUAUCACUGGAAGAUCAAUUAUCCACAUCAUUGAGAAAAAGAAAAUCGGGUUUGAAAACAAUCAUAUUUUGUCAAUUUUUAUUGAAACAGUAUACGGGUAUAUGGGUAACAGACAGAAAGACCAGUUAUUAUGAAGGCUGAUUUUCACAA